AUGCAGCGCACUGCAGUAAAGCGGCAGCCGUGGACCAAAGACGCGGCUACACGGCGCCAGACCACAUUGGUGCAGCAGCGAAAGGCUCGGCGGGAUCUUACAGCACACGCGCGUCGAUUGGCUCAGCAUGAAGAUUCCCUGGCUAAUCAUGACAGAGACGAAGGCACGGAACCAAUGGACGACAUCGCGUCAGUAUCAAAGCGCCGCACCCGCGAGGAUCGCGUCAAGCAGCGACGCGAGUACUAUUCGAAACAAUUGAUGACGCCUGAAUGGCUUCUUGAUGUGCCCAAGGAUCUCAACGGCAUGGGAAGCGCUUUAGGCGAGGGCUGGUAUGUUCUGCCGCGUCCUGAAGGCAAGCGUUGCCUCGUAGUGGCCAAUGGAGGCAACACAAUUGCGCGAAUCCCAUCGGGAAAUAUACUGAAUAAGUUUCCGUCGGCACUACCCUGCGGCUCAUAUAAAACUAACAAGUCAAGUGAUGGCUAUUGUAUCCUGGACUGUAUUUAUCAAGAGCAAAACGAAACGUUUUACGUGCUGGACAUCAUGUGCUGGAAAGGAUAUUUGCUUUACAAUUGUACUUCAGAAUUUCGACUCUACUGGAUGCGAGACAAAUUAUCGGAAGGAUUGACGGCAACAGUCUCUUCGGCUAAUCCGUUUCGAUUUUUGCCAAUUCCGUGUUACGAAUGCGACCAGGCAGGUAUCAUGGCGGCCUAUUCUACGAUGUAUCCAUUUCAUAAGGAUGGACUACUCUUCUACAUGAAGGCAGGCCACUAUGAAAUGGGCCUCUCACCGCUUGCACUGGUAUGGAAAGACUCGAUGACAAGCCGAUUUUUCUCUUCGACAAAGCCAUCCAUUGUGCUUCGUCUAGAGCAAAACAACGAAUUUCUGACGCUGGAAGGCAUCGCACUUUUUGCCGCUGAUCAACAAUAUAUCCAUCAGUUCGAGCUGAGCGAGGGAGAUCUUGCGAGCUUUUCAUACGAUCAAUAUGAAGAUGAUGACAAGCAACCUCCACACCUUACAGGCAUGACAUUUGUGAAACGGUGCUCUCCUUUGCGAGCCCUUCCAGACAGCUGGACUAAGAUUCUGUUCCAGUUGAAGACGCGAUCGGGUGGGGUAACGAUCGAGCAAAUAUUGGAGGUAUCGCAAUUGCAAACCACCGAGAUUGAGAUGAAAGCAUAG